AUUUAAGUUGAAUGCAAGGCGGACAGACAGACGGACAAGCUUAGAUCGAGUCAGAAAGCGAUUCUUAAUGGAUCGGUAUACUAUAAGGCAGUUUUAAUUCAAGUCCUUCCGGAUGUUGCAGACUCAUCCGCAAUAUACCCUUCUACGACAAGUCGUGCAGACUAUGAUAAAUAAAAAAAAAAAAAAAAUUAAUAAAAUACAUACAUCAAUAAAUAAAUGAAUAAUGACUAGGACUGUAUUUUGGGAAAAAACCAUCACUAGCUAAACCGUUGAAUAAUAAUUUUUUUGUUCUUUUAGGUUUUAUUUAUGGCGUUGGAGUGUCUAUGGUGCGUGAAACUUCUACCAUAAUGUUGGGCAACUAUUUUAAGAAACGUAGAUUAUUUGUAGAAAUGGUGGCAAUGUCCGGAGAAGGCGUGGGCAUAGCUUUGUUCUCUGUAUUAUUGAGAGAGGGUGUUGGUAAAGUGGGCUGGCGUAGUGGUUUACAGAUAAUAGCUGCCCUAUGUUCGAUAAGUUUUUUUGUAGGUUUAUUAUAUCGGCCGGCAUCGUUAUACCAUCCUCAGCGUAGAGCGAUACAACAUUUGAAAAAUCAACGUAAAAAGAUGCGUGAUAACAAAACUUCUAGCGCACCAUUGGAACCUAAUAUUUUUAAAAAAAUUUUUCAAGACAUAUCAAAUCUGAAGUCGGGUACUAUAAAAAUUUUAUUAUUAACUUCGGCCGUGGCAGCUUUGGGUAUUUAUACGCCAAUGUUUACAAUGGUGGGAAUAAAGCAAGAGCUUAAUACAAACAAAGAUGAUGGGAAAUUUCAGGACAGCAACAAAGUUAACGAUAGUUCCGAAGCUCAGGAACUUGUUUUAAUGCAAACUAUACUCGGUAUGUCAACAACGUUGGGAGUAGUUUUGGCGGGAGCCUUAAUUCGCAGACCUUUCGUGAUAAGAAAUUUCACUUUAUCCACAUCGAUUGUGGCGCAGUUUUUUAUCGCUUCCGUGGCUUUAUCCAUACUAUUCAUGUCGUUUGUUAUGGGUUACAGGAGCUUAUGCAUAUUAUCUGGGCUUUAUGGAGUGGGUUUCGGUGGCUUCCGUUUUUCGUUUAAAAUGUUGGCCUUGGAACGAAUAAAAAUGAAAUUUUCUAAAACCUGGGGUUUCCUCCGAGGAAUUGAAGCUGUUCCAGUACUAGUUAGCGUACCUUUAACUAUAUUUUUGAACGAUUACUCUUUAAAAUAUGGACGAGCUGGUUAUUAUAUAUGCUCGGCUGCAGCUGCAAUUGCCGCUAUUAUUAUAUUCUUUAUAAAUCACUCAAACUAUGUGCAAAAUGCUCCGAAACGUACCCAAGAGAAUGGAAUAAUUCCGCAACGAAUGCGUUCAAUGUCCACUCAGCAUGUAAGAACUAAAUAUCGUCCAGCCUUCACUGUCGAUUAUUCAAAAACAAACGGCUGUGAUUAUGUAAUGCCCGACUUUCUAAAUCGCAGUUGCGUUAGCCUAAAUCAAGUUAUGGAGGGAGGAGCGGGAGGUUCCUGUUUAUAUGGUACACCAAUAUUAAGAAAUCAGUGCCAUCAUCAUCUUAUGCCGUUUCAGUAUAAUCAACAACUAUACAAUCCUGCCUGCCUAUCAACGCACGCUGAUGACGCGGCUAGUCAUCGAUAUCCUUAUCAUUACGAUACCGGAGCUGGGCAGUACCUACGGCGUAGUCUUUCCUUUAUACAAAAUGCGAACUGUUGUGGUUCUACACAAUUACAAUGUCAUUGCCAGGCUAAUCUUCAAUGGUCACAAAGGGACUUAAGAAUGGAUGCGACGACACAGCCUUUAUUAUGUACAUGUAGUCCAUCGCUUUAUUUACAAAAUUGCAAAAGUCAAAGUGUUCCUGAAGGUCUAUCUACGAUAGCUCAACAGUGUAAAUGUCGAACUCAACCAUCGCGCGAAAUCGUUUACAUACCACGAGCACCUUCUCAAAGCCGUUUUUGUCCUUGCUAUCACUGCCAUCAACAUAGAACAAAUACAAAAAGCAAUUUCAUGCGGAAGGAUGCCAUAACAUCGGUUGCAACGAACAAUGCACCCUCUACGAUGCCUAGAUGCAAACUAAAACGUUCGCAAUCAUUAUCUAGACCUUUACAAUUUGUUGAACAAAUGACAACAUCCGUUUAGGAACGAAAACACUAUCCUUUCUCUCUCUCUUUUUAACUUACUUACUUAUUACAAAAUACAAAAUAAAAACACACACACGCACACAGCAUUUUUCUAGUCUGUUCCAUAAUAUAUUUCUAUAUAAGAAGAUUUUAUUGUAUUUGUUUUUUUUUUUUUAUAUUUUUGGAAAAGCUCUUUCUAAGAAUAAUCUAUCCAUUGAUAAAACAGCACCUACGAAACAAACAAUUUUUUUUAGCAAAUAACACCUUUUUAUAAACUUUUACCCUUCCCCACCUUAAAUAAUAACCGAACACCCAUCCAGAGAUUAACAAUCACUUUAUCAAAAAUAAAAAGCAAACCUCGAAUUUUUACCUAUCUUUACUGUAACGACCUUAACAAGAAAACAAAUAAUUUAAUGAAUCUAUAAAAAGCGUACAUAAGUUACCU